AUGACCCGUGUGUGGCUUUCACGGCUGCUGCAUGUGCUUUUGAACGCAUGUGCGAGUGCAUCGCUGGUCAAUACUACUUUUGUGAAUGAGCUCGACUUCGACUGCAGCUUGUUUUGGCAUGGGGCCGACUCCGGCCCUCGCAAGGACUUUGGCCCGCUGCUUGCUGGUGGGCAGAAAGUGCUAGAGGCAUAUGAGGGACACAUCUUCACGCUCGCACGUGCGGGCACUUUGACACCUUUGCUUCGAGUCCAAAUUGACUCGACAGCUCGCCGUCACGUCCUGAACACGCAAACCGGUGCAUCAUCUGCGUCUAAUGCAUCGGCGGCCGAGUUGACUUCCUGUGCAGCUACUGCCGCUGCUGCAUCGUUGCUGCAGUGCCGCAAUGCCGCUGACUCAUGUGCUGGCUGUGUGCGCAUGCCAAGCUGCGGGUGGAGCAUGGUGCGCCGUCAGUGCGUUCCAGCCCACCCGAUCGCAGCAAGAAGGACCUGUGAUGAAUCAAAAGCAGAGGACAUAGAGGGCCGUUCUGCGGAGCAGUGGUUGCAAUUGGCCGAGUCGUUGAUGGAUCCCGAGUCAGCAUCUUUUGGCCUGGCAUCCUUACAGGCUGCUUACGAAGCCCUUGAGCAUGGCAAGCAGGCAGCAACGGUGGCUGCGGCAACUGCGGUGGCAACUUCUGAGACGUUGUCGUCGAUCUUGCGCUGGCAGGCAGAGGUGAGACCGAAACUCGAAGGCGUGUUGGACGACAUGGAUGCUGAAGAGCUGAUUGCAGCAUCGCGGCAUGCUUCGCUUCUUUCGCUUUCUGUCAGACCUCGGGUGGUAUCACGUCGCAAGACAGCCGAUGCUUUGGAUUUCCUCUCUCGAGCAGAACCUGUUGUAAUCACAGACCUUUUCGAUACGAACUCCAGCCACCCUGUUCCACAGAAAUGGACACUGGAGUACCUCAAGCGGUUCAUGCACAAAGGCUUUUACAAUGUGGCUGCAGACAAUCGAAGUGCUUGCUGUCAGUACUAUGAGCCUCGACGAGUUGCGGCCGAGGCAGGGUAUCCGUAUCCCUUCCGCCCGAGGACGCACCUCUACAAAGAUCAUUUCGCGGGCUUUGUGGAAACUCUGCGAGCCAGUCGAGCCUCCCAAGCCUCCCAAGCCUCUGGUGAACCCUCUGGGGAGUCCAGUAGGUCCAGUCUUUUGCACCAUUACCUUCAUGAUGUCCUCAUGGAACGGGACGGCACUCCUGUGGUGGCGGGCGAGGCAGCGACACCGCAGGUCGCGGCAGAUUUAUCUGCUACUGUCACAGCCUUGCGACCCCUUUCACGCAUGCAGCCCUUCUUUGCGGGAAUCGCCAACGCAAAGUUGUGGGUCGGUCAGAAAGGGGUGACCAUGCCUUUGCAUUAUGAUUCCUCGGACAACUUGUACGUUAUGGCCUGGGGCAGAAAGCGUGCGAUCCUGGCAGAACCAGGACAGUACGGAGCUCUGUACCCUUACCCAAAUGCUCAUCCACUCGCCGGCAGCUCCCAAGUGAACUUGCAGGACCCUGAUCUUGCACGACACCCUGGUUUUGCAGACGCCGUCCUGUGGGAGACAGUGGUGGGGCCCGGGGACGUCUUGUAUUUGCCCGGGUACUGGUGGCAUCAAUUUGAGCAGCCUUUCGAGGACACAGCCUCUGUGAACCUGUGGUCCUACGAGCUUGAAGAUGGCUUGCCGCCAAGCGUGCGCGAUGCACGCAUGCGCACCAGUGUGCUGCACGACCAUCUGGAAAGAGAGAUGACCAAGGCCUUCAAAAACAAGGCCGGCGUGGUGUUGGCAGCAAUGGCCUCAGGAAGCGGAGCUCACAAGAAAGCCCGGGCGCGUGCAAAUCGCACUCUCUACGAGGCGGCAGAAGGCUGGAAAAGCUGGAUGGCCACCCUGCCAAACCCCGACCCCGUGGAGCCGCCCGAGAAACUCGUCGAGGCCUUCCUGGAGCGGUACCGGGACAUCCUCAAGCAGCGCUGGCGUGGAUGGGCGCCGGGUGUUGAAUGGAACCUUUCCCAGAUGACCGCGUUGGAGGUGCAUCUGCAGGCCCGUUGCGAACCUGCGCCGAAGACAGCCACCUACGCUAGCGUGUGCCGCUUCUUGGGCUGA